CCGGCCGCCAUUUUGUUUUAUACCGUUCAAGGGUAUCGUGUACAGAGUCAACCUCAGUUGGAAGCAUGUACCGCUUCGCCAAAGCUGCUCUAAACCUCAGUGGACAAGCCAGCCGCCAGGUUGCUGUGCGACAUGCUUCAGGCGUGUCUCGAGAGUUCCACGCAAAGUACGGCAUGCCACUGUUGAUUGCUGGAGCAACAUUUUGUACUGCAGUCUGGUCCUACGUGGUCACAUCAACUGGUAUCGCAUGGAAUCUGUCUCCUGUUGGCAAGGUCCAACCAAAGGAAUGGAGGGAGUAAUGGGAACAUGACAUUUUAAGAACAUCCUGAAACCUUGUGAACUUUUCCAUUUUGUUAAUGGAUGUGCUUUACUCCUAAUCCCUGUUAGUCUGAUGUAUCUGUAAAAAUGUAAUAAAUUUAAAUAUAAAUACA